AAUAAAAGAUCUACCGCUUUAAAUUUCAAAUCUACUGUUUUUUGGUGUGCCAUCUACCUCCUAAUUUUUCAACCACCUAGCAACACUGAUCUGAACUCGUCGUGGACGCAAGCCUGCAACCAAAACAGAAAGAGAAAGAUAACUGUCGUAGUUAUUUAAGGUUAGAGAAAGAUUGGACAACAUUUUAUUUAUAUCUCUUAUAUUUCUAACAAAUUGUUAUUUUCCACCAUGGCUGCAACAAUGCCCAUAAAUCCCAAACCAUUCUUAAAUGGUUUAACUGGGAAACCAGUUAUGGUCAAAUUAAAAUGGGGUCAUGAAUACAAAGGCUAUCUAGUUUCGGUGGAUGGAUAUAUGAAUCUACAACUUGCAAACACCGAGGAGCAUAUAGAUGGUACUUGCACUGGAAAUCUUGGUGAAGUGCUAAUUAGAUGUAACAAUGUUAUGUACAUAAGAGGAGUGGAGGAAGAAGAUGAAGAGGGAGAAAUGAAGGACUAAAUUUAAUCAAGAUUAACCAUUUUAUACUAAUAAUUUAAUUAAGUUGUGAUAUAAUAAAUCAAUAAACAAGAUAUCUCUUAA